CGACACCACACUGAGAAGCAAGGCCAGACGGAGAUGCCGGGCACAAAAGCAGCAGCAGUAACAGCCAUGUCUGGCGCCAAGAGGAAGAGAGACGCAAGCAAAUCCGACCGUGGCGAGUCCAAAUCCAAGAGCCGGCGCAAGUCCUCGUCCAGCGACGACGGCGAAGACAUCCAAUCCGAAAUCGUACAGCUCGAAGCCCAGAUUCUCGAAUCGCGACGCCACUACAACAACAUUGCCACGCUUCUGCAGCGAGCAAAGCAAUCAGAUGCGGAGAAUGAGGGCCCCAUCCUCGCGGCUGUUGCCCUCUGCCGAGUCUUUUCGCGACUACUGGUGACGGGCGACAUGGUGAAGAGCAAGGGCAUGAGCGAGGCAGAGGGCGUCAUUGUCUCGUGGCUGAAAGAGCGCUACCGAGAGCUCUGCCAGGUCCUUCUGGACGACUUCCUCCGCAGCGAGCAUCCCCCCAAGCAGUCGGUCGCCCUGACCCUGCUCAUGCGAUUGGCCAAGGAGGAAGCAAAGUCGCAAAAGGACUACAAGCUUAAGCAUGGAAUUUUGCCACGCCUUGUUGAGGUGCUGCUCCGUCUCCCCUUGGAUGAUCUGAACCGCGAGGAAUUCGCAGAGAAGUACCUCAAGCAGUUUGACGACAUUCGAUACCAGACAUUCCAGACCAUCAAAAACACACUCGAUGAAGACCUGGAUAUCACCACACGACAGCUUGUAGCUGCAAACAGCAUGUCGCUGCUCUCGACACUCGGCGAAGUCCCCAAAUCCAAGGCCGAGAUCCAGAAUUUUUACAUCGAGGUACAAGGAAAGAGUCCAAUUCCAUCCCUCCAGGCAUACAAAGAGAAGGCUCAAGGGGCAUGGUUGGCGACGAUGCGCACAGGUCUUUCCAAGGAACAGCGAAAAUCCAUCUUGACCACCUUCUCCUACCAGAUUGCGCCUUGGUUCCAGCAACCGGAAAUCUUGUCCGACUUUUUGACCGACUCAUACAAUGUGGGCGGUGCAACAUCGCUCCUUGCUCUGUCUGGAAUCUAUUACCUCAUCUCGGAGAAGAACCUAGACUAUCCUUCUUUCUAUGUUAAGCUCUACUCACUCCUCGAUGAAGGCCUAUUACACUCGAAGCACCGGUCGCGCUUCUUCCGCCUCCUGGACACCUUCAUGUCUUCGUCUCACUUGCCUGCGACUCUUGUCGCCAGUUUCAUCAAGCGUCUCUCACGUCUAGCACUUCACGGACCUCCAGCCGGUGUUGUCGUCGUGGUACCCUGGGUCUACAACAUGUUCAAACGGCACCCUGCCUGCACAUUUAUGAUGCACCGCGAGAUCCGGGACCCGGCAUUGAAAAAUGAAGUGGAACAAGAGGGCAUGGACGAUCCAUUUGACAUGGAGGAAAUGGACCCUUUUCUCACCAAUGCCAUUGAGAGCAGUGUGUGGGAACUGGAGGCCUUGCAAGCACAUUACCAUCCCAACGUGGCUACACUGGCCAAGAUCAUCUCGGAGCAAUUCACAAAGCGAGCAUACAACCUAGAAGACUUUUUAGAUCAUUCGUACACUGCACUGCUCGACGUGGAACUCGACCGUGAUCUCAAAAAGGAGCCGGAAAUCGAGUUUGAAAUUCCAAAGCGCAUCUUGACUGCGGACGAGGGGCUGAAUCCGUUGGGUCAACUUCUCACACAAGUCAUCGAGGCGAGGUGAUGUGAUGGGGGGAGACAAGUUGGCUCAGAAGAAGAAUGAUACCCUCUGUUUGUUCAAUGAUGUGUGGAUGAUGUGCUGGACUAAUGUUUCUCUCUCAUGAUAUGCGGGGGUAUAAGGUUGGAAGACCCUAUGCAGCAAUCCACAGCCACAUGCACUCAACCGGCUUCAAUGAACAAUGUCCCUUGGUUAUCCCUUCU